UCAUGGCUGCGCUCGCAGCAGCUGCGCUGCCCUGCCCGCUCCUGCUCGCCGUGAGCUGGGCGCUGGCCGGGACGGCGGCAGGAGAAAAAAUUCUUCCUCCUCCAUCCAACUUGAGCUAUUCAUUUAUCCAUAUCUGUACUCUGAACUGGACAUGGAACCCCCCAGAGAACGUCAGCAGCAACUGCAACCUGUGGUAUUCCAGCAACAUCCUUACAAAAGGGGAUCCUAAGGACAUAAGCACAUGGCAUAAGGACCAAUUCCGUGUGACGGACGCGCACUUGAAUGAGGAAAUGCUCUUCAGAGUGAGAAGUGAAUGCAGGAAUGACACCACCACGGAGCCCAGUCCCUGGGUGGAGACCUCCCUUCUGCCUAAAGGUAUUCUGGGUACUGCUGCUGUUGACUUGAGCUGUGUUUGGCACAAUUUGGAGUACAUGGCUUGUACCUGGCGUCCUGGGCAGAACGCAAGCAGCGACACCAACUACACUUUGUUCUACUGGUUUGAUGGCUUGGAAAACCCUAAGAAGUGUAGCAACUCCUCUGUAGACCAAGGAAUCUUUGAGUGCAUUUUCAAUCUUACCUUCCCAAAAGUCAUCCGUGAUUACCCUGCUAUAAGUAUUUUGAUCAGCGAUGAUUCUGAAGAAAUUAGGCCUGUGUGUGCAAGUAAAAAUCCUACCACCCUUGUAAAACCUGCCACACCAAGACAAUUGACAGUGUCGAAGACUGAUGAUACAAUCAAUGUAAAAUGGAGUGAAUCAGAAACUUUUCCAAAAAAUUGUUUACACUAUGAAGUUAAAUGUUACAAUGGUGAUUUGGACAUUCAGGUCAUUGAAUCUGAAACGAAUUCCGUGUCAAUUCCUGGCAUUGAUCCUAAUAGCAAGUACACCUUCAAAGUGAGAGCAAAACUAAAGACUGUGUGUUACGACAGUCAUCUCCACAGUGACUGGAGUGAAGAAAAGAGCAUUGGUGAGAAGAGGGAUUCUACAACCUACUUUGUUCUAAUAAUUGCCAUUCCCUUAAUCGUAGCAGUAUCUACAGUAAUCCUACUAGUUUAUCUGAAAAGGCUGAAGAUAUUAAUUCUUCCACCAAUUCCGGACCCUAGAGAAAUUCUUAAGCGCAUGUUUGGAGAGCAGAACGAGGAUUCCCAGAGCUCUGCAAAGGACGAUCCCAUGAAUGCUUUUGACAGGGUCAUUAUAGAAGAAGAAAUUCAUUCUUUAGUUUUAACAGAAACUUCAGAGAGCACUAAUUCUGAAAAAGAAAACAGGUAGACUCUACUUUGUCAGUGAAAGAGGAGGAAGCUGAUUCCUGCUCCCCUACCUCAGGUGACUGUAGAUGUGAAGAGGCUGUGAGACAUUGGCCAGCUGUGACCCCACUGGCUUUCUGUGGUGCACAGAAGAUGCAUCACUAAGUGGCUGUUCUUCCAUGUCUGCCAGAAAUACUCAUCAGAGUUCAGUCAAGAUGAGCAUGUAUGUCCCAUGUGACUGCACAUGUAAUUCCAUGUGACUGCAUUGUGGAUUCCCUGGCUUCAGCCAGCUCUGCCCUGUUACUCAUCACUUGCACUUGUGUUUGCCUCACACCAGACUGUCAGGGGUUUGUUUUUUGGUUUGUUUUUUGUUUUUGUUUUUUGGUUUGUUUUUUUUUUUUUUGAGCAAGCACUGUGACUUUUCUGAAGUAUUUGGCUCUGUUUGCAGGAGGUGGGAUGAGGCUGGCUUGCAGUGAGUGGGGCUUUAGUGCUACCACGUGGUGCUGCUGCCAGGUGGGAUAGCAGAUCAUGGAGUGUUUGUGAAUAACCCUUUGUGUGUAUGCCUGGGCUGGGCACUCUCUGGGGAGCACUUACUGGGUUUCUUGUGCUUCUGCCCAUCAGCAGGAGCUUGGUCAAAUCCUGCCAAAGAGGGUAUUUUUUAAUUUGAAAAUGUGUAUGAAAAGCCUCUCUGCUUUCCAGCUGGUGUUCAGAAUAUCCAUAGAAAAGGCUUAGUUUUGUUACCCUGCCAAUUGCGUGUUCUCAGAUGCCUUGCCUUCAUGGACUUCUUGGGUUAAUUAUAUUUUGUUUAAAAUGAGAAACAGAAUAUUUUUUUAAUUUGUUCUGUGCAGCAGCAGAUAACUGUAUUGAGUCUCACCAGACUGUGAUGCUACUUUGGCCAUAUUGGCCUGAAGGCACCUGAUUUGUAGCUGCUAAGUCAUCCUGAGUCUGUCCUGCAAAAUUACCAGGAUGGAUGCAGGAGUGUGAGGAGCUGUGGUCAAAUCACUGAAACCCAACUAAUUCAAAGGCUUCAAGACCCAUCCUCACUGCCAAACUGAUGGAUUUGGGAAGAGUGGAUGACAACCUUGGCCUGUUUUCUAAGGGAUAGAUUUUAUUCUUUCUAUAGUGAUGAGACUGAUUUGAGCUUUCCCUCCAGGACUUAGCAAUAUAAAACCAGGUGCUGAUUUGACUUUUUGAAAAACUUUUCUUCUAUAUUUUACUGCAACACUUUGACAGGUCUUUUUGUUGUUGUUUUGCUCAGUCUUUGAUGGUUUUGUUUUGAGGGUUCUCUACCCAGCAAAGCUCAGCAGGUGUUUUCUGGCACAAAUGUGACAUUUUUCUGCUCAGCAUUCUCAGCAUUAGUUUCUGUCCUGUGCUGCAGGGGUGGUUACAGUGAUACCUUGAUUGUGCUGGAGGAAAAAGACAAUGGAAUGGAGACAAAAAGACCCAUGGAAGCCACUUAUGGUCAAUGCUCAGGGAUUUCUUGCUCCUUUCAGAUAGCUGUAGACAUGUGAGUCAUGGACAUAGGCAGUCAUAGCAGACUGGGAAGAGAUCUCCUGAUAAGCUUUAUAGGAGCAAACUUUACAGCUACUAACCUUUUAAAGUUCAUCCCUGUCUUCAAGCUCAAGCUCCAUUCAGUCAAAAAGGUGAAACUAAAUGCUAUAUUUUUAGAACAUAUUGUUCUGUGAGAAGUACAAUGAGUGCCACAUGCUUUUUAGCUACAAAUGUGCAUCUUUUAUGCAGUUUUUCCCUUCUUAUCAAUAAAUCAAAAUUCUUUCCCCAUUGUCCACUGAGCCUUUCAAAUACAGGUUUUCCAUGUCUUGUCUUCCUUUUGUUAGUGAUAGAAAGGGGAGUAGAAAUGUAGCUGAACUAGCAGACCCCCUAUUAGCAUAUGCCUUUUACCACUAAUCAGGCUAAAAAAACCCCAACGUUAUAAAAAUUAAUAAAUGAGACAAAAUAAAAAUAAAACCUCAGGGAUUUCAGUGAGAUAAAACUCAGGUUACACAAAGUCAGCUAUUAGCACUUUCUGAAAUUCCAGAGAUUAAGGAAUAGCAUGAGGGAAAGAGUAAUUACAUUCCUUGCCAAAUUAAUUCCCUCUGCAACAUUUAUGUCAUUUUAAUAAUAAAUAUUCCUUCAGUCUACCUCAUCUGGAAUGUUGCUCAACUCAGACCACUAGACAACCAGAAAUGUAUAAUUUCAAGAUAAGUAAGCAUAACAGUGUAAUAAAAAGAUUUGUGGCUUUCACUGUAGCAAUCUAGGAAAAAAGUACUAGUCCCUAAGUUUUUUUAAUUUUAUGCUGGUGUCUAUGACAAAACCAAAAUUCAUUUGCUUUUUAAAAAAAACAAACCCCCCAAAAACCCCAAACAAAUUUGUAAAACCAUAGGAUUGGGGAAAAAAAAGAUGGAAAGUGUUAGGCCAAAAGGAAGAUUUAAAUGGAAAGGAUGGUUUAGGUCACUAUACAGAAAGGUUUUCAAUAACACUAGUUGACACUUCAUCACGGAUUCAUUUCUUGAGCCUGUGUUUCAGCAUAUAAAGCAAGUAUCUGAAUCUACUUUCACCUUUAACAUGCUCUUUUAAAGGUAAGAGGUUUUUAAGCUUGAAAUUAUCUAAAUUUUACUAUCACUUAUUUUUUUCCAUUGCAGUUACUUGAUCUGUAAAUUUGUUCAAAGAGUGAAUAAAUAUGAUUGAAUGCUU